GCUGGAAAAUUUUAACCGCAAAACAUAAAAUUUGAAUUGAAUUAUGUGUUUGAGUGUGGAUUUAUUCAAAUAUCGAGAAGGAAUUUUUGUAUGUUUGGAUUAAUAUGUGAAUUGAUAGAAAAAAUAUAUUCAAUUUAAAUCAACAGCAAGUAUAGCGGACAAACAAUUGUUAUUAACAUAAAUCCCGACCAAAUAUUUAGUGUUUGUGCUCUACUCAGCAAUAUGACGAUGCGAUAAAGGAGCUGAAGGAAAAAAAUUCUAUACAUCUGUAGGAAACUUUUUUUGGUUCUAUUUGGCAGCAGUUGAAGUCUAACGAGCAAACUAAUAAUCAAAUCGAUAUUUUUCAACUUUUUUUGUGUAUUCACGUAUCUAACAUAUAUAUUUUUUGGGGUAAAAGUUCUUAAAGAGCAUUAUCAGACAACGAGAGGAACAAGGGUGAGAACAAGAUACAAGAUUUGAUGUUAGAUUAAGAACAUAAAUUAAGGAUUACACAGCAAUCAUCAAAUUACAAAUUAUUCGGAUUGAAUAAUUAAUUAAACAGCUAGCAAUUAUCACCCUCACGAAUGUUCGAGAAAUGAUGAUACAAUCGAGGUGUAAAUUCAAAGUGAAGCGUCAAUAUAGGAGUAGUUUAGGGAGAGACAUAGCAACAUGCUUAACUUAUUCAACACUUGUUAUAGGAUUAGUGUUAAUGCAAUACGAUUACGUGUCAGCAUUUGAGCCUGAUUUCGUCUUUCCACUAGAGAAUGUAACAGUUGCUCAAGGACGAGAUGCGACAUUUACAUGUGUAGUUAAUAAUUUAGGUGGUUAUAGGGUGAGUGGUGAAUCCGGGUCCCCUGCUAGGGUUGCGUGGAUAAAGGCUGAUGCCAAAGCAAUUUUGGCAAUUCAUGAACAUGUCAUUACUAAUAAUGGACGUCUCUCAGUCACUCACAAUGAUUUCAAUACGUGGACAUUAAACAUAAAGAGUGUAAAAAUGGAAGAUCGAGGGCAGUACAUGUGUCAGGUGAAUACAGAUCCGAUGAAAAUGCAGACUGCUUUCUUGGAAGUUGUGAUUCCACCUGAUAUUGUGUAUGAAGAGACAUCGGGAGACAUGAUGGUUCCCGAAGGUGGAUCAGCGAAAUUAGUAUGUAAGGCUCGAGGAUAUCCAAAACCCAAAAUUACUUGGAAACGUGAGGAUGGUCGUGAAAUAAUCGCAAGAACAGGUCCUCAUGGAAAAACUAAAUCACAUCAAGUUGAAGGUGAAAUGUUGUCACUCACGAAAAUCACGAGAUCUGAAAUGGGAGCAUAUUUAUGCAUAGCAUCAAACAGUGUUCCUCCAUCCGUGUCCAAAAGAAUGAAAGUUCAAGUACAUUUUCAUCCACUGAUACAGGUGCCUAACCAGCUCGUGGGUGCCCCUCUCCUUACAGAUGUGACGUUAAUUUGCAAUGUUGAAGCGUCUCCAAAAGCCAUCAAUUAUUGGCAGCGCGAAAAUGGCGAGAUGAUAAUCUCAAAUGAUCGCUACUUAAUGUCAGAAAUAGAAAACUCAAUGUAUGCUGUACAAAUGACUUUAGUAUUACGAAAAACACAAAAAUCUGAUUUUGGUGGAUAUAAAUGCAUUUCAAAAAACAGCAUUGGAGAUGCAGAGGGCACAAUACGAUUGUAUGAAAUGGAACUGCACAAGAAGAAGCCAAAUCGUUACAAUAAUUAUGACGAUAUUAACGGAUCAAAUGACGAGGAUAAUGAAGCAAUUCGGAGUGAAGACCAAAAUGAUGAAAGCAUAUUUGGCAGUAAUGGGCGACUCUUUAAGGACGCACAAUCGAAUCUCAUUAACAGCAGCAAAGCAUCAACUAGUAACUUUUUAUUAAUUGUAUCAUUCAUUUCGCCCGUGUUUAGCGUAAUUUUAUCUAAAUUAUUAUCGAUUACUUUAUAGUAAAUCCCUUACACGGUGUGCCAUUCCUAUUAAUUAUGGUAUUAAAUUUAAUUAAUAUGAUGAAUUUUUGUUGUUAAGGAAUUUGAGAGUACAUUGAAGUGCAUAAUUUUAUGGAUCGUGAAACUGGUUGACUGUAAAUG